AUGGCUUCCACCGAUGCCGUUCCCAAGGCCAUGGAGUCUCUCCACAUCUCCAAGACCAAGGAACUCAAAGGUACCGAGAAGCGAGAUACCCUUGUUGCCAUUGAGAAGAAAUACCAAAAAAUUUGGGAGGACCAACAUGUCUUCGAAGCCGACUCUCCCAGCACCAGCGAGGUGCCCCUUCAUUCCGUGUCCGCCGCUGAGCUUCGGGAACAGCAGCCCAAGUUCUUUGGAUGCAUGGCCUAUCCUUAUAUGAACGGAACUCUGCACGCUGGUCACUCUUUUUCCGUCAGUAAGGUCGAGUUUGCCGCUGGUGUUGCCCGCAUGCAGGGCAAGCGCACUCUCUUCCCUAUGGGUUUCCACUGCACCGGUAUGCCAAUCAAGGCUUGUGCCGACAAGCUCGUCAACGAGGUCAAGAAGUUCGGCCAAGACUUCGCAGGCUACAAGGAGGAGGAGGAUGUUGUCGAGGAGGCCCCCAAGGUCCAGGCUAAGGAAGAUAUCACCAAGUUCAAGGCGACCAAGGGAAAGGCUGCGGCCAAGACCGUAAAGAUGAAGUACCAGUUCCAAAUCAUGCAAGCCAUUGGUAUUCCUACCGAGGAGAUUCACAAAUUUGCCGACCCUCAGCACUGGCUCCAACACUUCCCUCCCCUGUGUCGGGAAGAUCUCACCAACUUUGGAUGCCGUAUCGACUGGCGCCGAUCCUUUGUCACCACCGAUGCCAACCCUUACUAUGACGCCUUUGUUCGAUGGCAGAUGAACCGUCUUAAGGAACUGAACAAGAUUAAGUUCGGCAAGCGAUACACUAUCUAUUCUAUCAAGGAUGGCCAGCCCUGCAUGGACCACGACCGAUCUGACGGAGAAGGUGCCGGCCCACAGGAGUAUACCGCUCUGAAGCUCAAGGUUCUCGAGUGGGCCCCCAAGGCCGCUGAGACCCUCAAGGGUAAGCUGCCCGAGCAAGCAAAGGUGUACUGCGUUCCUGCUACGCUGCGUCCGGAAACGAUGUAUGGCCAAACUUGCUGUUUUGUAGGACCCAAGAUUACCUACGGCAUCUUUAAGGUCAACGAGACCGACUACUAUGUCAUGACGGAACGGGCUGCGAGAAACAUGGCUUACCAGGGCAUCUUUGCUACCGAAGGAGUUAUCGAGAAGACGGCUGAGGUUGGUGGCGCUGAUCUUGUAGGCACCCUGGUUGAUGCUCCCCUGUCCCUUCACAAGGAAGGAGUUCGCAUUCUGCCUAUGGAAACUGUCCUUCCUACCAAGGGCACUGGUGUUGUCACCUCGGUGCCUUCUGACAGUCCUGAUGAUUACGCUACCGUGACCGAUCUGGCCAAGAAGGCCGACUACUACGGCAUCACAAAGGAGUGGGCUGAACUCGAGAUCUUCCCCAUCAUUGAGACACCCAGCUAUGGUGAUCUUUGCGCCCCCUUCCUGGUCAAGAAGCUCAAGAUUGCUUCUCCCAAGGACACAAAGCAGCUUGAAGAGGCUAAGGAGCUGGCUUACAAGGAGGGUUUCUACCAAGGUAUUCUCAAGGUCGGCGAGUUCAAGGGCGAGAAGGUCGAGGUCGCCAAGCCUAAGGUUCGACAACAAAUGAUCGAUGCCGGCCAGGCCUUCGCCUACUCUGAGCCUGAGCGCAAGGUCACCAGCCGAUCUGGCGAUGACUGCAUUGUCUCUCUGAUGGACCAGUGGUACCUGGACUACGGUGAGGAGUCGUGGAAGAAGACCACUCUCGACUGGGUCGAGAACGGCUUGAACACUUACACAGCGGAGACCAAGAACCAAUUCGAGGGAGUCCUGAACUGGCUGAACCAGUGGGCUUGCGCCCGAAGCUUCGGUCUUGGUUCCAAGUUGCCCUGGGACCCCCAAUUUUUGGUUGAGAGUCUGAGUGAUUCAACCAUCUACAUGGCCUACUACACUAUCGCUCACUACCUGCACAAUGACAUUUUCGGAAAGACGAAGGGCUUGGCAAAUAUCGGACCUGAGGCUAUGACGGAUGAAGUCUGGGACUACGUCUUCUGCCGCGGAGAGCUGACUGAUGAGGUCCUCAACAGCAAGAUCCCUAAGGAGACUCUCGAGAAGAUGCGCCGCGAGUUCGAGUACUUUUAUCCCCUCGACGUGCGAGUGUCGGGCAAGGAUUUGAUCCCCAACCAUCUGAGCAUGCAUCUCUACUGCCACACUGCGCUUUUCCCUCGCGAGUACUGGCCCCGAAGUAUCCGAGCCAACGGUCAUCUGAUGCUCAACGGCGAGAAGAUGAGCAAGAGUACCGGUAACUUCAUGACUCUCCGCGAUCUUACACAGAAGUAUGGAGCGGAUGCUUCUCGUAUUGCGCUUGCUGAUGCCGGUGACGGUGUCAAUGACGCCAACUUUGAGGAAGAUGUUGCCGAUACCAACAUCCUGCGACUGUACACUCUCAAGGAGUGGUGCGAGGAGAUGGUCCAGGAUCAAGACCAGCUUCGAACUGGCGAGUUCAACUCGUUCCAAGACGCUCUUUUCAUCAACGACCUGAAUGCUGUUACAAAGGAAGCUGUCGAGCAGUACGUCAACACCAACUACAAGCUGGCCCUCAAGGCUGGUCUAUAUGAGUUGACAAGCGCUCGUGAUUUUUACCGUGAGGCCUGCGCAGCAGCCAAUAUCAAGAUGCACAAGGAUGUUGUUCUCCGAUACAUUGAGGUGCAGACUCUGUUGCUGGCUGUCUUUGCUCCUCACUGGUCCGAAUACAUCUGGCUCGAGGUGCUUAAGAAGGAGGGCACUAUUCACAACGCUCGAUUCCCUGAGAUCCAUGAGGUUGAUGCUUCCCUAUCGGCGAAGCGCGACUACGUGCGAAACACUGCUUCCAACAUUAACUCGGCUGAGGGUCAUCAGUUGAAGAAGAAGGCCAAGGGCAAGGAGACAUCAUUCGACCCCAAGAAGCCCAAGAAGCUCACGAUCUUUGUCGCCGACAAGUUCCCCGCAUGGCAGGCCAAGUACAUUGACCUUCUUAAGGAGAUGUGGAACACCGAGACCAAGUCAGUCAACGACAAGGAACUCAACGGCAAGAUUGGCAAGAUGGGAGAGAUGAAGAAGGCCAUGCCUUUUGUGCAGAACCUCAAGAGACGACUCCAGGCUGGCGAGCCGGCAAGCGCGGUGCUGGAGCAGAAGCUUGCUUUCGACGAGAAGGAGACUCUCCUGCAAAUGGUUCCUGGACUGAAGCGAACUGGAGGCCUGGCUGUUUGCGAAGUGAUCUCAGUAGAGCAGGGAACUCAAAAGGGCGUUUCUCUGACGGAUGGCGAUAAACAAGUUGAGAUCUCAGCACCUGUUGCAGAGCACGCUGUCCCUGGCCAACCAACGUUCUACUUUGAGAACGUUGAGGCUUGA